CGACAAAAACGCAGCAGCAUCUCAGCACCACCUUCUUAUUUUCCGCUGAAUACAACCAGCUGCAACUUUUGUCGCUGCGCAGCUGCCCGCGGAUCCUCCUCACACGCGCAAGCUGGGCUCGUUUAAAGCCAAGCCUGGCGGCCGGAUGAUGUCACAUCCGUGGAGUAGGGUCCUCUGAACGAUUAGCUGGGAUCUUCGCCGCAUGCGUGCCCACAAACUUUUCCGCUCUGCCUGGAUGCGAGGUUUCUCGCCGCUCGGCCGGAUGGCACGCGUGACGGGCAAGAGUGGCUGGACGCGCCGCCCUCCUCCUGCUUCCCUGGAAGUCCCGGUUUUUACCACAGAGUAGCGGACGCGGCGGUCAAGGCGCACGGAUACAAAAAGCUGGAGAAAAAAAAAAAAAAAAAAAAAAAAAGCAACUUGUGAUUUUUGUGUAAUCUGGGGUUGGCGAGGCCAAUGUGGAGCAGAAUGCGGUCGCUCUCCGUGGUUCUGAACCCACUGCUGUUCCUGCUGCUGUUCGGAUACUGCCCUACGGCGACUAUCAGGCCAAAGGAGGGUUGGCAGGUGUACAGCUCAGCUCAGGAUGCAGAUGGGCGCUGUAUCUGCACAGUGGUGGCACCUGAACAGAAUCUCUGCUCCAGAGAUGCCAAAGGCAGACAGCUCCGCCAGCUCCUGGAAAAGGUACAGAACAUGUCACAGUCAAUCGAGGUGCUGAACCUGCGGACGCAGAGAGACUUUCAGUACAUCAUGAGGAUGGAGAGCCAGAUCAAAGGGCUGCGGUCAAAGUUUCGGCAGAUCGAGUCGGACAGGAAGACCCUCGUCAACAAAAACUAUCAGGAGCUGAAGGGGAAGAUGGAAUCCCUGCAGCCACUCAUCCCUGUCCUGGAGCAGUACAAGACAGAUGCCAAGCUAAUCUCCCUGUUCAAAGAGGAGAUCAGAAACCUGUCCAGUGUGUUAAUGGGCAUCCAGGAGGAGAUGGGAGCCUACGACUAUGAGGAGCUGCAGCAGAGGGUCCUGAACUUGGAGAACAGGCUCCACAGCUGCAUGAACAAACUCACAUGCGGCAAGCUGAUGAAGAUUACUGGGCCACAGACGGUGAAGACUUCAGGAACCAGAUUUGGGGCUUGGAUGACGGAUCCAGUGGCUUCUCCUCAAAACAACAGGGUUUGGUACAUGGACAGCUACACCAACAAUAAGAUAGUCAAAGAGUAUAAAUCCAUCAGUGACUUUGUGGCAGGAGUUGAAUCCAGAACCUACAACCUGCCUUUCAAAUGGGCCGGAACCAACCACGUGGUCUACAACGGAUCUCUCUACUACAACAAGAUGCAAAGCAACAUCCUGGUCAGGUACAGCUUUGAGACGGGUCGCGUCAUAACACAGAGGGCGCUGGAGUCGGCGGGCUUCCACAACGUCUACCCGUACACAUGGGGAGGCUUCUCAGACAUCGACCUCAUGGCCGACGAGCUGGGCCUUUGGGCCGUUUACGCCACCAACCAGAACGCGGGGAACAUCGUCAUCAGCCGGCUGAACCCAGACACCCUCCAGAUCCUCGACACGUGGAACACAGAGUACUCCAAGAGGAACGCCGGUGAGUCUUUUAUGAUCUGCGGGACUCUCUACAUCACCAACUCCCACCUGACAGGUGCCAAGGUGUACUACGCCUACUCCACCAAAACGUCCACGUACGAGUACACAGACAUUCCCUUUCAUAACCAGUACUUCCACAUGUCCAUGUUGGACUACAACGCCAGGGACCGCGCCCUUUACGGCUGGAAUAACGGCCACCAGGUCCUGUUCAACGUUACGCUUUUCCACAUUAUUAAAACAGAGGAUGACUCUUAAAGACACUGUUUGCAUUGGAGAAAAAGGAAAAAAAACUGAUAGGUUGUGCCUAAAAAUGUUCAGAUUAAUUUAUUCGACCCUUAAUUUAUUUAAUUUUCCUUACUAUGUAACUUUUUAUUUGUUUUGCCUUUAUUCACUUACAUCACCUUACCUCUUUUAACAUUAAACUUUAAUUUAUUGCUGUAUACUAAUUGUCUAAUUAACAUACAUUCUGCAGAUGAAAUUAACAACGUGAAAAAGAUGAAACUUGUCGAUUUUUUUGACACCUACAACAUCCCUUGAGUAGUUCUCGUGGCUUCGGUUCCUCUCUGAAAUGAAGGCUUUUUAAAACGAAUUUAAUCUUCUUAUUUAUAAUCACUCUCUCCUGCAGUAAGCCCAUUCAGUUAUCCUCGCUAAUUUAAUUGAAUAAUCUUUGACAGUAAUCACUGAUUGUUUUUAUUCUUUCCUUGCCAUUAACUCAUUAUGUUAAUCUGAGUUAUUCCUGCUUUUCACUGCCUGCACUUAGCUUUGUAUUCUUUCCCAUCUCAGCUUUUGCACUUGUGACAAGAGAAUACGAAAUGUGUGGAUGGGACCAUAAUGCACCUGUACAGUUAAUGUACUUGGCUGUUUUUUGUGUUUGUGUGGGGAUCAUGUGGCCGUCGUGGUCACUGGAUAUCUUGAAGCACCAAGUCAAAGUACUUAGCGAACACUAAUAUCUGACUGCCUUUAACUUAGUACUCUGAUACAUUGUAGCUUUUUUUGGUAACGUUAGCAGCGGUUUGUAUGCCUUAUUUUACGUAGUUAUGUUCUGUGAGCUGAAGGAUAACACUUCUUGCGCAUGAAUGUUGGCUAUCCUGAUGGUGUUUUUACUGUAACUGUGUGUGUUUUGUAAUUGCAUUACACUGCAUUCUCCUCCAAUGAAGCUAUUCUUGUCAUGAUCUAGUUUUACACAUUGCAGUAGUUUGGUUUGUUAUGUACUUGUUUGUGUAAAUAAGAUGGUGUCCAUAAGCUAAUAAAAAUUUUGUUUUCAUUAGGA